AUGGUCGACGUCAAGCCUGAAAUCAAGGUAGAUUCCGCCGACAUCAAGCUCUCCGACAUCGACCAGUUCGAGGAAGACACGGACUUGCAGUUACCGUCCGCGGACGCGCAAUCAUGGCUGGUCAAAGUGUCGGAGGAUAUGUGGAAAGCAUGGAACGAUAUCUACACCAACACUGCCGUGGGUACUGAACCGGUGGAAGUUGGCAAGCUGCGCGUGCGGCGCAAACCUGGCGAGCCUGACAGGAUACAAAUCCGCCUCGACAACAGGUUCCACCAACAUAAGCUACUUCCACGCACAUACGAGCUCGAAAUGAAAGCAUCCACAUACAACAACACGGUAGUCUUUUCAGAGAAAGACUUGCCAGGACAUCGCGCACAGCAAUACGGCGGGAGGAGACAACAGAGUGGAUUGAAGCCUUCCGGCAUUCCGAACAAGAACGACCGCUACGGAAACAGGAAACCAGGCACAUACGCCUCUGCGAUUCCCAAGCAAACAGCUCUCGCGCCACGCAUUGUGAAUGAGGCUGUUGCGAAGCCUGUCGAGGAUGAGACAUCGCUCGACUUCUUCAAGAUGCAAUACGAUGUCGCGCUCAAUGCGGGCAAGAAGACGAACUUCAGUAAUGACGUCUACAAGAACUACACUCGUAAUUCGGCCUUCGGAUUCUCGGUUGGCUCAAUGACAUCUAAGCCCAACAAGUCCAAGAAAAAGCAACCGAAGGAGAAAGCAGUGCGUAUCUCCAAGGAGGAGUUACUUGACAACCUGCAACAGUGCUUCCAGCAGUACCAGUACUGGCCACUCAAAGCUCUGCGCGAGCGUUUGCAACAGCCUGAGGCCUGGAUCAAAGAAGUACUGGAUGAGAUCGCUUACGCGGUACGCAGCGGAGACUACGUGGGAACUUACAAGCUCAAUGAAAGCUCUGCACGAUUGCUGCAGAUCCAAGACGGAGAUCUCAAAGCGGAAGCGGCGCCGAUCAAGAACGAGUCGGACCAGGGAACUGGGGAUGAGCUGGGAGAAGCAGAUGACGACGACGUGGACGAAUUCGAGGAUGUGAAGAUGGAAGGCUAA